CUCACGUCUUGAACAGCGGCACGGCACGGCAGCGAGGCGCUCACGUCUUGAACAGCGGCACGGCACGACAGCGAGGCGCUCACGUCGAUUGUCAGAGCGGGUGAGCCGACUGGCCAGGUCAGGGUCAUGCGGUUGGGUGAGGUCCGGGUGGCGGAGGACCAGGACUUUCGGCAGCUGGUGGCAUUGGCCGACAACCAUGACGGAUGGAAGCUGGACUUCUGCAACAACUCCACAAAAGUGUGGACCAAACAGCCAGACGAGAAAGAGUGCAAAAUGAUGAAGGCGAGCACAACCUACACAGACGUGGACGCCGCUACGGUGUACGACGUGAUUCAUGACGUCGAUUACACCAAGCACUAUGACAAGAGCAUGCUGGCGAUCGACACCGGCGGCUGCCUGAACCCGAACAACCAGAUCUUCUACUACGCCAUGGCCUGCCCCUCGCCUCUCUGCAACCGCGACCUGGUGGUGCUCCGCUCGUGGCUGGACACAGGCCGGGAGUACUACAGCCUGGGGCACUCGGUGUCGCACCAACAGUUCCCGCCCCGGAAAGGUUUCGUCAGGGCGCUGAACUACCUCUCAGGGUACGUGGUGCGACCCCUGUCACCGAAGAGCUGCCAGGUCAACUACGUAACCUACGGCAGCCCUGGAGGCCAGCUGCCUGUCUGGCUGGCCAACAAGGCCACCCAGGUGCUGGUGCCCAAGAUGGUGAAGCGGUUCCACAAGGCCUGCCUCAAAUACGCUGGCUGGAAGAAGCGGCACAAUGCGCACUUCAAGCCCUGGCUUUUCCCCGAACAGAUGCCGAUAGAGCGACUGAAUCUGGCGCUGGCGGAUACGCAUGUGCACGAGUGCAGCACGUGCAAGCACACGUUCAAGUCGGCUCGGCUGCGCGACGAGCACUACACGCGCACGGGCCACGAGAAGCGCAGUCCAUGCCCCGUGUGCCAGCGCUUCUUCCACCCGGACUUCCUGCGCAUCCACCUCAACAGCCACAGCGGCGCCUUUCGUUGCAAGGUGUGCGACACGCACUUCAGCUCGCAGGCCACGCUGGCGCGGCCACCAUGUACCGCCACAGCGGCCUGA